AUGGCUCUAUUUAGACGCCGCUCGACACGGACGCCCCUCCACACGGACGCCCCUCCACACGGACGUCGCUCCACACGGACGCCCCUCCACACGGACGGCGCUCGACACGGACGCCCCUCCACACGGACGCCCCUCCACACGGACGCCGCUCGACACGGAUGCCCCUCCACACGGACGCCGCUCCACACGGACGCCGCUCGACACGGAUGCCCCUCCACACGGACGUCGCUCCACAUGGACGCCCCUCGACACGGACGCCCCUCGACACGGACGCCGCUCGACACGGACGCCCCUCCACACGGACGCCGCUCGACACGGACGCCCCUCCACACGGACGCCGCUCGACACGGACGCCCCUCCACACGGACGCCGCUCGACACGGACGCCCCUCGACACGGACGCCGCUCGACACGGACGCCCCUCGACACGGACGCCGCUCGACACGGACGUCCCUCAAAACGGACGCCCCUCGACACGGACGCCCCUCCACACGGACGCCCCUCCACACGAACGCCCCUCCACACGGACGUCCCUCCACACGGACGCCCCUCCACACGGACGUCCCUCCACACGGACGCCCCUCCACACGGACGCCCCUCCACACGGACGUCCCUCCACACGGACGCCCCUCGACACAGACGCCGCUCGACACGGACGCCCCUCCACACGGACGCCCCUCCACACGGACGCCGCUGCAGGGCUGGUUUGCCCAGUUCGAAACUCGGUGAUUGCCAGGAGAAUUUUUAUAGCUUCCACUGA